AUGGUGGAAAAGUUCAAUUCGAAUACAAAGUUGUUAUCACUCGAGUGUGUUAAUCCUCAUAUGAGGGUAGUGAAACCUUCUCGCAUGUCAAUUCCCAAGCUAAAAUUCUCAUAUGAUGUUGAUGCUAAGAAGUUACUUGAAGAAAGAGGACUAACACUACCCUUUAGUAAUAUGGAUGGAGAUUUGUCAAACAUGGUUGAUUAUGACAAUGUCAUAGUUAAUGAUGACAAUGUUUAUAUUAGUUUGAUGGUUCAUAAAUCUUGUAUAGAAGUGAAUGAGAAAGGAACAAAAGUUCUUGCAGCCACCGUUGUUGCUAUGGUUACCGACGGUGCUCGAUCGAGGAAGCGUCCUCCUUCUCUUCAUGCUUUUGUGGUUGUGGUUGACCCUCCAUUCGUGUUUACCAUUGUUGAAGAGUUUUCAAAGCUUAUUGCUUUCAGUGGAGCAAUUCUUCAUCUUCAAAAGUAA